GAACUCUGUCCUGCCGCUGCUCUCCUGCAUCUCUGCAACUGCGUUUGGAUUUAAUGCGCAUCCGAGUGUCACAAUGAGCGAGGAAACCUCCACUGUACCCAAAGAGCUGCUGGAGAGUGUUCGUGAUGCUGUGGGCAGGAAGAUUAAACUAGUGGUUAAGAAGAAGGUCAAACUGGAGGUCAAGGGGGACAAAGUGGAGAACAGAGUCCUGGCAUUGGCAUCACAUCGUGGGUACCUCCUUACUGCACGCAUUCCUGCUAAGGUGGAGCAGACCUUCAGUUAUCUGGAGAUUCAGGGCAUCACCUGUAAUAAAGCCACACAGUUUGUGCUGGAAUAUGAGCGAGGUCAGAUUUCACUUAAACUACCAUCUACUGAUGAGGUGAACGAGGUUGUGGCUCAUAUAGGAGGCUGCGUGCAGAGGAUCUGUCCUGGUUUAUCUCCAGUGAAGGUGAUGAAGAAGUUAUCAAUGGAACCUGCAGAAAGGAUCCACACAGUGCAGACACUGUGGGAGAACCAGAGUUCAGCAGACCCUGGACCCUGUGGUGGAUUUUCUCAGCAGUACAGAUGUGUGUGUGACUGGCUUGGUUUGCCAUACAAGGAAGAAGUCCAGUGGGAUGUGGAUACGAUCUAUCUGACACAAGACACACGAGAGCUGAACCUGCAGGACUUCAGUCACCUUGAGAACAGGGAUUUGGUAGCAAUAAUCGCAGUCCUUGAAUUCAACCAGUGGUUCACCAAGCUCACCACCAAGGAUUUUAAACUGUCUGCAGAUGUGUGUGAUCAGAUUCUAAGAGUGGUGGCUCGUUCCAGUCGAUUGGAGGAACUUGUCCUGGACAAUGCAGGACUCAAAACGGACUUUGCACAGAAGCUGGCGAACGCCCUCUCUCACAACGCCAACUCAGGACUGCACUCAUUAAACCUUACCAACAAUCCUCUGGAGGACAGAGGAGUUGCUUUUUUAGGUGCGCAGCUUGCCAAACUCAGCAAAGGCCUCAAACACCUCAACCUCUCCAGAACCUCAUUAUCACCCAAAGGGGUGAAUAGCCUUGCCCAGUCACUGAGUGCCAACCAGUCCAUGCCAAGCACACUCAGCCACCUGGACCUCUCAGGGAACCUCCUUCGUGGAGACGAUCUCUCACAUUUUUAUAAUUUCCUCAGCCAGCCGAACAGCCUGAGCACGCUGGACCUUUCCAACACGGACUGCUCGCUGGACUCGCUUUGCUCUGCGCUUCUUAAAGGAUCAACCCAACAUCUCACUGUUCUCAAUGUGUCAAAAAGCAUCCUUCCCCACAGAAAAGGCAAAGAUAGCCCUCCUGCAUUAAAGCAGUUCUUCAGCAGUGUCAUGAAACUCCACACCAUCAACGUCUCAGGAACUAAACUUCCACCUGAAGCUCUGAAAGCCCUUCUUCUUGGCCUGGCCAGUAAUCCCAACAUUAAAGAAGUAGCCCUGGAUCUCAGCUGCUGUGAGCUUGGCAACUGUUUAAGAUCAGGAGGCUCACAGAUCCUAGAAGGCUGCAUUGCAGAGAUCCCCAACAUUUCCAGUCUUGAUCUUUCUGAUAAUGGUCUGGACUCGGACAUGAGCACUUUGCUGGUGUGGCUGGCUAAGAACCGCUCCAUCCGACACCUGUCACUCGGAAAAAACUUCAACAACAUCAAAUCCAAAAAUUUGGCUCCUGUCCUCGACAACCUCGUCCACAUGAUCCAGGAGGAAGAAUCUACUCUGACGUCUCUAUCUCUGGCCGAUUCGAAGCUGAAGGGGGAGUUGAGUAUCGUACUGAACGCACUGGGCAGUAAUGGCUCAUUAACACGAGUAGAUAUCAGCGGUAAUUGUAUGGGAGACCUCGGAGCCAAGAUGCUGGCCAAAGCACUGCAGAUCAACAGCAAGCUCAGGACAGUCAUCUGGGACCGAAACAAUGUCAGUCCACAAGGUCUCCAGGACGUUGCUGCAGCCUUGGAGAAAAACUUCACGAUCCGCCUCAUGCCCAUCCCUAUCAUCGAUGCAUCCCAGGCCCUGAAGGCAAGUCCAGAGAAAACUGAAGAUGCACUAAUGAGGAUGGAAAACUACCUGUUUAGAAACCAUGAGACCCGCAAGUACGUUCAGGAGCAGGCAUACCGGCUUCAGCAGGGCAUCGUCACCACCACCACCCAGCAAAUGAUCGAACGGAUAUGCGUGAAAGUACAAGAUCACCUCAACUCUUUAAAGAACUCAGAGCAGGAUGCCAUCUUGGAAGAUGUCAAAAUUGCAGAAAACCUGAUAAAGGAUGCCAGAAACUCCAAAACGCUCUUGCCAAACCUGUACCACCUUGGUGCAGCAUCCAGAGAAGAGCUGAACGGUUCCUGUGUUGGUCCCAUCCAGGAGAAGCUGGACUCCAUGGCUGGAGAAGUUGCUCAGGUCAUAGAUGAGCAGCUUCAGACACUUUUAGAGUCGAUGGUGGGCACGGCGGAAAAUCUCUGUCCUCAUGUGAUGCGGAAGCCCAACCUGCGGCAAGAGCUGAUCAAGGCCAGUACAGGCAAGAUGGUGGUUCCACGCAGCUUUGUCCAGAACACACUGCUUGAGCAAUCUGGCAUUGACAUCAUCAACAAGAUCAGUGAGGUAAAACUGAGCCUGGCUUCCUUCUUGUCUGACCGGAUUGUUGAUGAGAUUUUGGAAUCGCUUUCCAGCUCUCAGAAUACGCUGGCCGAGCACCUUGUGAGGAAAGGGCGUCCUCUGGUGCAGCAGGAAUCUCUGGAUAUGGAUGUUCCAGAGUCAAGAGUCUCCAAAAGGAACACCAUGGAGCUGCUGGAAGGAGAGAGGCUGGAUGAUCUUGAGACCUGCAUGAUGACUCCAAAGUCAAAAAGGAAGAGCAUCCAUAGCAGGAUGCUGAGGCCUGUCUCCAGAGCGUUUGAGAUGGAGUUUGACUUGGACAAGGCUUUGGAGGAUGUUCCCAUCCAUGUUGAAGAUCCUUUACCCCUACCAAAACUGGAGAAGAAGCCUUCUGGGACUGGGGGAGAUCUGCCAUCUGAGGAAGCCAAGAAACUCCAGCAUUACACCAAACUGCGGCCCAAGAGGAACAAGAAGAUCCAUUCAAGUAGGGUUCCACAGCAGGUCAGCAAUAUGCCAUCUGAAGACGGUGAGCAGAAUGGCCUAAUAGGAAGGGUGGACGAGGGCAUGGAUGACUUCUUUUCCAAAAAAGUCAUCAAAAUGGACAAACGGUCAACCUUAAAGUCCUCAGACUCUCAGGAUAGUGAAAAAAAGCGCGACUCCCGCAAAGGCGGACUGCUGAACCUCAUCAAGUCCCGCACAAACAAGUCUGACAAAGAAAAGGACAAAGACAGAGACAAGGAGAAAGAAAAAGACAAGGAUAGGGACAAAGAACGAGACAAAGAGAAGGAGAAGAAUCCAAGCUGCGUUCCAGCCCCUUCUCCUUCUCCUGCCCCUCAGACUGCAGAAGAACCCUCGUCCCCUAAGUCCAAAUCCCAGUCAUUGCGCUCUGAGCGCAGUAGUAGCUCAGAGCGAUCAGAGGAGCUGAAGACGCCAGAUUGUGGUAUCCAGGUGAUGGGAUCAGGCCUCCUUGCCGAAAUGAGGGCCAAGCAAGAGAAGAGAGCCAAGAUCUCAGACUCCUCCUCCAGUCCAGAGAAGCCAGAUGGACCUCUGUCAGAUCAGAGCAAAGUGGAGGUCAGCUGCACUGUGACUCCCUCUGAAAAAACACCACGAGUCGGAGGGGAAUCAAAACCGGAGACAACGACUAGAACGAGAGGGUCCGGACCGAACCCGACAAGCCCCAAACCUCCAAUACAGGGUGCCAAACCAAGCCUGGGCCCUCGACCUGCUAUUCCUCAAAAACCCCGCACCAGCAGCACUCGCAGCAUUGAUGAGGGCUCAGAGUCUCCUGUUGGGGGUAAUAAAGCUGCACCUGCACUUCGGAAAGGGCCCUGGGAAAAAGAUGGACCCUCAAGUCCCUUACCGGUCACUCAGGAAGUGGACGGAGCUAGAGACGUUAGUGUAUUUAAACAUGAGUCUGAGCUGGAGAAAUCAGCAGUGCAGCUCUCAGAGGAGCAGGAGGGCAGGCGAGAACGCAGGACUUCCCUCUCCCAGUCUGCAAAAACAUCCUCCAGCCUGAAAAGGCAGAGCUUGGACGAGAACGGGUCAAAAGCCAAAUCUGCUGAGAGGGACAAAGACUCGAUUCAGAGCAGCAAAUCAGCAGAUUCUGGAGAAGAAGCAGAUAAAGAAUUUAUUUUUGUAUAAAGCAUGAGUGAGAGAAUGAGGACGAGACCGAUUCACUCUGUGUGUUCUUUCAAUGUUUCAGAAACUCACGACUGUUAAUAAGAACGAUGCAUUCCAACCAAAUUCACCAUGUACAGACAACUGUGUAAUGAAGUGUGUGUCUGUUACUAAAUGUGCAUCUGAUUCUUCUGUAGCAUCCAGUUCGGGGUCCAUUCCUAAGUGAUCAUGACAAAGAAUCAAAUAUUUGUCCUGAUGGUUCACUUCACGAAAAUGACAGGUUUCUGGAGGUCAAGGCAUAAAGUCAAAGCUAAAACAUUACAUGCAUAAAUAAAAGCAUUUGUUAGAAUUUGUUUUGGUAAGAUGUGUCCAUCUUGCUGUUGUAGCAAUGUUGUUAUGAACGUUGCUCAGUAUUAGUUACCAGUUAGUAUUUCCAGCCACACAAGAUCAAUUUCAUGCUCGUUAUUGUGUUAUGUUUCAUAAAGUAUCAGGACGUGAUGUAUUCUGGCUGUAUUCUGAGCAUUGUAGCAAGGGAGCACUGUAAUGGCUGUACAUCUUGUAUGCUUAGCAUGAGUGUGUUUAUCUCCAGUCUGUCAUGGCAGAGCAGCUCAGUGAAAAUUCAGUGCAAAUCUAUCAAUACAAACCUACGUGUGACAUGUCAGCUCUACAAACAACGAGGAAUGACUAAGAAAUUGUCAAACGACAGUGGAAAAAGCCUUAGGACUGAUCUGUUGGCAAGUCAAUUACAGCUGUGAGUGCUGAUGUUUCUAACCUCCAGUAAAGUAAAAUGUAUUAGGUUUACAAAACAGGACACAUGGCCACACUGCAUUGGUCUCAGGUAAAUAUAAGAGUGUGUGCAAAAUUGCACAGUUGCCCAGUAAUCAAAAAGGAUUACUAGGAUGUUCUUACACUAUAUGGCGAAAGUAUUUGGACACCUUACCAUGAGCUUAUUGGACAUUACACUUAAAAAAAACAAAUGGUAUUAAA